AUGGAUUACUACGAGGAACUCGGGAUCAACCGAGCGGCGACGGAUAUCGACAUCAACAAAGCGUACCGCAAGCUCGCUCUGACGUACCACCCGGAUAAGGACGACUCGGAGGAUGCUGCGAUGAUCUUCGAGCGCAUAGCCGAGGCUUACGACGUCCUGUCCAACCGCAAGCUGAAGGCCACCUUCGACCUGCUCGGGGAGAUCGGGCUCAAGGACGGCGUGCCCGACGGGAGGGGCGGCAGGAAGGGGGGCAUCUACACGUUCGAAACCUCACCGAUGGCCAUCUUCAAGCGGUUCUUCGGCACGGAUAAUCCGUACGAAGCGCUCAUGGUCAUCCAGGACGCGUUCGAAAAGAUGGGCGGCUCGGGGAAGCCCGAGCUCGGCGCGCAGAGGACCUACGACCUCCCCGUCACCCUGGAGGAGAUCUUCCACGGCGCGCACAAGGCGGUGACGCACACGCGGAAGGUUCAGAGGGAGUUAAACGGGUCGAUCGAGAGCGAGGACAGGACGCUGACGGUGGCCGUCCCGCCCGGGUGCAAGAACGGCCGACGGUUCGUGUUCGAGAGGGAGGGCAACUCCAAACCCGGCGUCGAGCCCGGAGCCGUCGUCUUUGUACUCGAGACGGCUCGGCACGCGUCGUUCACGCGCUCGGGAGACGACCUGGUGUACGUGGCGAAGCUGAGCGUGGUGGACGCGCUGUGCGGCACGACGCUUAAGAUCCAGACGCUGGAUAAGAGGACGCUGGCGAUCCCGGUCGUGGAGUGCGUGGAUGCCAACUCGCAGAAGAUUGUGGGCGGCGAGGGGAUGCCGCGCGCCGACGGAUCCGGUCGCGGCGACCUCAUCAUCAUCUUCGAGAUCGUCAUGCCCAACAAGCUGACGCCCGCGCAGAAGAGCCUCGUUCGCGCGGGGUUCUUCUACCCGGGUAAGCAGCCGUCCCCGGAGCAGCACGCGGCGAGCGUCGCCUUCCUCAACGCCGCCAACCACGGCUCGAAGGGUUGGACCAUCGGCUUUGCCGGACAGUAACUUUUAGAGGACUGUAUGUAAACACGUGAAGAUUAGUCGAC